CAUACAUCCGGGCUUUAGAGAGAUCAAUCCAACAUGGCUGCCCAGAGCGAGGGUGGGGGCAGAGACGAAGUGAAAACACAGUUUGUCACGAGAGAAGGGACCUACAAGUUAAUGCCCUUAUCUGAAUACUCUCGUCCAAAUAGAGUGGCAUACAAUGGUCAAGUAAAUACACCUGUCAAGACGUCAUUUAUUAAUCUAAAUGACCAAUCAGGAAUCGGAGACAAGAUCUGUUUCAAUCACGGGAGAGAACUGUAUGUUUACACGUAUAAAGGGAUACGGAAGUCUAUAUGCAAUUACGACUAUCAAGGCACACAAGACAUGGCUGCUGAUCUAACAAAGCCUAUCGACAAGAGGGUAUACAAAGGGACAUUCCCAACUUGCCAUGACUUCAACAUGUUCACUGCAUCUGGAGAGGGUGUCCUGCUGCUAGUGGGCUUUACCAUGGGCCAAGUGCAACUCAUUGAUCCCAUCAGAAAAGAUGGGGCCAAGCUAUAUAAUGAAGAGAGGCUGGUGGACAAAUCCAAAGUGACAUGUAUCAAGUGGAUUCCAGGUUCUCCCAAUCAGUUCCUCGUUGCUCACCAAAGCGGACAGAUGUAUGUGUACAAAGAUGAACUCCCCUGUGGUACUACCACCCCCCACUACCAGGUAUUCAAGCCAGGGGACGGGUUCAGUGUACACACAUGUAAAACCAAAAGUACUCGUAACCCACUGUACAGGUGGAUCGUGGGCGAAGGUGCAAUAAAUGCAUUUGCUUUCUCUCCAUGUGCUAAAUACCUGGCCGUGGUGGGCCAGGACGGCUAUUUACGGGUGUUCAACUACGACUCUAUGGAGCUCGUAGGAACAAUGAAAAGUUACUUUGGAGGCCUUCUCUGCGUGUGCUGGUCACCUGAUGGGAAGUACAUAGUAACGGGAGGUGAGGAUGACCUGGUUACAGUAUGGUCAUUCAUUGACCACCGGGUGGUGUGUCGUGGAAGGGGGCACAAAUCUUGGGUUAAUGAUGUGGCGUUUGAUCCCCACACCAGCAGUACAGAACAUGACAGUUUUGACUUCAGUGGCAGUGAUGAAGACUUUAUGCAGCAUGUUGCUAAGAGCAAUCACAGCAUAUUACGAGAAACAUUACGUGAUUCCUUAAGGUCAUCUGCUUCCAAAGGAUCAAACAGAAAUUCUACAGACAGUCGUUCAAUACAGAACAACCUGAUAUCUUACAGGUUUGGAUCUGUAGGACAAGACACUUAUCUGUGUUUAUGGGACCUAACUGAGGACAUUUUAAGACAGCCAAUAGGCAGAAAUCGUUCGGGGACGCACAUGUCCCAGAAUGCUUCGAGCAAUGCAAUCAAUCCACAUGCAAAUAAGGCCAACAGUGUGGGGUCUGCAUACCUGACUACUAACUCCUUACCCAAUACACCACUAAUGGACGGGAACAUACACCCAUCAGCAACAACAAAUCUAACACAAAAGUUUGCGACAUUAACUCUGGGUGAUAGGAAAGAUAAAGAAACACAUCAUGAUAAGAAGGAACAUAAAAGGAAUUUUAGCUUGGCAGGGCGGAGUGUAGAUAAAGUUGGGCUUCUCAAAGCUAAUCAUGUCCGCCCUGUGGACGAGUCUGUGAAACUGCUGGGGACACCUGCAUGUCCAAGACUGGAUGAGGUGCCACUAUUGGAGCCACUAGUGUGUAAAAAAGUUGCUCAUGAAAGAUUGACUUCAGUGGGAUUCCGAGAGGAAUGCCUUGUGACUGCAUGUCAGGAAGGUUGUGUGUAUACCUGGGCACGGCCAGGCAAAGUGGCCAUGCCUCAACAUACAUCUGCCUUACCACGGGCCUCAGCUGGGGGAACAGUGGUCUAGAGAAGAUGCAAGCUUCAGAUAGUUUGAACCAAGAGAAUGAACCAGAUUCAUGACAACAAGAGAGAAUGGCCUGAGACAGUUACUUCCUUAGUUCUUUCUGCACUGGUGAAAGUAUGUGGCAGACAGCUAUCCCCUGUUCCUGGUGUUGUGGUGAACUUGUCGCAAUCGGCAAUAGUCGGUUCUUGGCAUUGUGGUAUAGAGGAGGCACACUGUUGCAAACUGCAAUGUUCAGUUCAUGAUCUAGUGGUGAAGUGGACGCAGUUUAUGGCUGACAGCUAUUCCCUGUUGUGUGAUAUGGUGGUGAACUGGAUGCAGUAUAUGGCAGACAGCUAUUCCCCAGUGCACGAUAUGGUGGUGAACAUGUGGUGGCAGUAUAUGGCAGACAGCUAUUCCCAGUACAUGUCAUUUCUUCAGUAGCAUAACGCUGAUUACCCCACGUUUCAGCAGGCCUGUCCAUGAGCUGUUGUUCACUGGUAUUUCAUGGUAUUGAUAUUUCAGUUCCAAAUUCCACAUUUUGAUUAAGAGACUUCACUGUCUCAUUUUGACCCAAAAGACUCGCUUGUUCCCAGCUUAAAGACUGAUAAAUGUCUUUAAACAUUCUUGUGUGAUGGAAACUUCCUGGAUAUCAUUCUUACCAUAACACAGUCAGCCAUUUCAGUCUUACACUUCAAAGUGAGAUUGCUUGAAUAUCACUUAUUUUGCUAGUCUAUGAAGAAUUGGGAAUAAAGGUAUGGAAUAAAAGGUGUAGUGGUAAGAUUUCUGUUAUGUUGGGGGUUUAUUAGUUGUUUUGUGUAAUAAUUUCAGAGCAUAUGUUUACAGCAAAGAUCAUGGUUUAGAAGUUUGGGGAAAGUAGUUUAAGUCAAGUCGGAAAGACUUACAGGUUUUAUUUUAUGCAAACAAGUUGCAUGUUAUGAUUAUGUGUUUAUUUCCCUAUUCAUGUGAUUUGAUAAUACAAAUUUGAGCAAAUUAAAAAUAGUUAUAUAUUAAUUUUUUAUAUGUAAGAUAUAAUUGAUCUUUUCAAGAUACCAGACAAUCCAUAUGUAAUUUGUUUAUGUUCAAUUUAGGUAUUCAGUCUACCACACACAUCAUGUUCUGUAAAAAAAGCCAUGGGGAGUGUAACUGGUCUGGGGAAAGAUUCCAGGACCUUAAAUAUUAGGGUUCUUAAUGCUCUGUUUGAUAUUAAAACAUUGUCCUAUGUAGAACUUAUGGUAUUUUGAAGUGUAAUGGAGUUUUUCUAAGAUUUUUUUCUGAAGGUGAUACAGCCAUCUUGUAGACUGUUUCUGCAACCAGCAGCUUUAUUUGAUGUAGUGCGUACGUGAGCCUUCUUUUCAUGUUAACAGCAUAAGUUUCGUCAAAUGAUCAUGUGUCAUAUUAGAUCAAGUAGAGGCCAGAGUGUGUUGUUGAAAUUUUAAGCUCCAUUUUGCAUACUUUAUUGACUAUGAUAAAUAUAUCAAUGGAGGUUUUUAAGUAAUUUAACGGUUUGAAUGUUUUCAGGGAAAAUGCAUAACAAAGCAUUUAUUGCAUGUAAGAUUGAUGAGAAUAUUUGAAGGUCAAUUUUUUUGUUUCAAUCUGUCGGUGUUUGAGCUAUUUUCUAUACAGUUUCCUAUAAUUAGUCACGUUAAUUAGCAUUUUAACAUGAGCAGCAUUGUGAUUUAACAGCUGGCAACUUGCCCAACACAAAGUUGUCAGUAAAAAACAAAUUCCAGUUGUAAAUAAUGUAAAGAUCUACUUUUCAUCAUUGAAGAGCUGGGAAGUUCCUGCUCAUGUGAUCAUCUUAGAACAUCUAAAUAAAAUCAUGCCAAACAGAAGACGUUUUUCUUUCUGCUUGAGACUGGUCUCACUUUUUGACUACUGUAUCAGUAUCUUUACCAACAGAAAAUAAGGCAGGAUAUACCAUGCCAACAGUAAUUAAUGUUUAAAUUUAGUGCACGGCAGUGGCUCAAUCCUUUCAACCAAGAAAAUUGAGAAAUUUUCACUUUAUUUUUGUAGUAAUCAAUAAAGUUAGGAAAUUUCCAUUGAAUGGUAGCAACUCAAUUGAAAAAGCAGAUUACCUAGUAGCUCUAUUCUUUACAGAAAAAGCACCAAAAUGUAAGUAAAAACAUUUUUAACGAUUCCAGAAAUGCUUAUCUGAGAAAUUGACGAUUUUUCCGAAUUUAAAUGAGAUCCAUUACUGUAGUCUCCUCCCCUCCCUCAAAAUAAAAAGCCCCAUCGUUAACCUGAAGACUACAAAGGAACAAUAGCACAUUAAUUAAUUUCUUAUGCUUUAUUUACAAAUUUCUUCAAAACGAGCAAUUUGAAAAGUACUGACAUAUAAUAUAAAAUGCUUUGUACAAAAAAAAAAAAAA